CUGGAGCGGACGAGAGCCAACGUGGCAUGGGAAGGGGUGCUGACCGAAAGUGCCGAGAGGGCCGAGAGCUCGACCGUGGCGCCAAAUCGGCUUCGGAGCGAUGGGCGUCGCGAAGGCAUGCGCGCUAACGGGCGCUGCCAGGCACCGCGGCCUGCGGUCAGUGAAAGCGGCCGCCUUCAAGCGAGACGAGACGGCCGCGGGCGCAGAGUCGCCCGCUUCUUUGAGGCUGAUGAAACGAGGACUCGCUGCGAAAGCUCUGGGUGGGAUGAAAUUAAGUCAAGUGGCCACCCCUUUAGGACCUCUGUCCUUGGGAGUCUCGGACGCUGGUCUGCACAUGGCGUAUUUUGACACUUGGUGGCGGGAGAGUGCCGAGGAGGAUACCGGGAACGGGACAGCCGAUGCGUUCAUGAGGGAGGCAAAAGAGCAAGUGGGAGAGUACUUCGGUGGACAUCGAAAUACGUUUUCGAUUCCUCUGGUUCCAGAAGGGACUUUAUUUCAGAAGAAGGCCUGGGCGGCUUUGGAGCAGAUCCCGUACGGAAAAACUGUCUGCUACGAGGAACAAGCUAAGCUGAUGAACGAGCCAGGCAAGGCUCGAGCUGUGGGGGCUGCGAAUGGGAAGAACCCCAUAUGCUUGUUCAUACCUUGUCACAGAGUCAUCGCUAAGGGAGGAAAGUUGUGCGGCUACGCUUACGGAAUGGAGAAUAAGAAGUUCUUAUUAGAUUUCGAGAUGAGCAAGUCGACCAUAUAGUGAUGGUGUUUCACGUGGACACAGCCUCUUGAGGUUUCAAUCUUUUGAGAGCUGUCUGAACCAGUGAAAGUUGAUUAUCUUCUCACAGCCUGGCGAAUGUACCCAUUCUAUUUGCAUGGUGCAAUCUGGCACCAAGGUGUCCAACCAUGUUGGACAUCAAACAAUUAAAGCUACAAAGUCUUCAAUGUUAUUUGCCUACAACUUAGUUCAAGAAACCAGCGAGUCGAAGAGUGCAGACGCCCUUCCUUCACUUCUUUGUACGAGUGGGCUAUAUUUGAUUGGCAGUGCAGUUGUCAGGAAUCAGAGAAAACGGAAGGUCGAAAUAGCGUCCUGACAAUAUCUGCCUGGCAAAGUAGCGGUUGGCUGCUUCUGUAUAGUGAUAUCCAUCCCAUAUGGUAAAAUUAACGGGGUUUGGGCAUGUUUGAGAAACCAGGAACAAGCCACCGUCAACUAUGCCAGUCUCGCCGCAUUGAACUUUAUCGUUGAAGUUGUAUGUGGAGGGAACUCCACAGCAAGAUUGGAUACCAACUGAUAUG